AUGAAACCAAGCAAAAAUGAAAUGUGUCGAUUGGACUUUCUGCCUGAACAAUAUGGCGGUCACAAGAAACAGGGUGGUGUAUCCCUUUCGACGACGGAAGCUGAAUUUGUGGCGGCGUCGGAGGUUGCGCGAGAGCUAUUAGGCAUACGCGAAAUGCUAUACAAAAUUGGCGCAGUGCCAAAACAGUCCAUGUUAAUGCAUAUGGAAAAUCAAUCCGCUAUUCGACAGCUUGAGGAUGAAGCGUCGUCGCUCAAGGCCAAACAAAUUGACGUUCGAGUCAAGUUUGUUUGUGAUUUUGCCCGGCGUGGAAUUGUGCUGGCACAGACGUGCGAUUCGAACACCGUGCCAGCACAAGGCACUCGACGCGACCAAGCUUGCAAAGUCGCGUGUUUAAUACGUGUUGGUUAG